UCCCCUCGUGGAUUGUCAGUCCAGUACCAUUGGCCGGUGACAUACACAGUGCUCAUGCGGUCGUGUAGAAGUAGGUGUACAUAAUUGAGCCCCACGUCUUAUCUUUCCUGUGUUGAUCAGUUACGGUUGCUGCAGCAGCUUGUAUCAAACACUUCUGCAGUCCCGGUACGAACCCCAGCAUGGCAAUGGCAAGUCACUGCCUAGUGUUACUCUGUAGCAUGAUCCUAAUCAUCAGUUAUGCUGCUGAUCUGUCCGCGGCCAGUGCACUGAGAUCGCCAGCACUGCGCCGGUUCUACGCCGCCGCCGCGCUACACCAGCGCAGAGGCUCCGGUGACGGCUACGCUCCGCAGAGCUGCCGCCCGACCGAGUUCUACUGCCACGGCGCACAGCACACGUGCAUGGAUGCGGAGCAGUGCUGCCCGGUGUAUUACCGUAAGUCGAAGUGCGCGUCGCGCGUGCAGCUCGGACCAGACGCCGACGGGUGCCUUCGUGAUCACAAGGGCGGAUUCGAAGUGCACGUGGCCAAGGUGGAAAUGCCUAUGCCGUGUAUGGAGGGCGCACUGAAGAAGAUCAACCUCAAGUACUACCACGAGGGUGUGCAGUACCGCGGCUUUGUGUACGAGUUUGGCGGCUCGUACCCGAACGGCCAGGCGCUGGACGUGAUGGAUCCCAUGUUCAAGUACAAGCACGGCGCUCACGGCUUCCAGCUGGUGAAGCACGCCGGCUCCAGCACCUGCACGCACGCGCAGGCCGUGCGCGCCAUGCACGACUGGACGGCGACGCACAGCUACAAGCUGCUGACACAGAACUGCCAGAGCUUUGCCAAGUACAUGGUGGACACGCUCCUCUCCGGAUGCGUUGACGCGCGCCCUCGUUUGUGAAUUACAGUCGACUCCUGAUGUAACGAACACCAUUGUGCAGGAGAAUUAGUUCUUUAUAGGUGAAGUUCAUUAUAACAGAAAUUCACUUAACACUGCGGGUUCGAACUGGGAUAUGGACGCUGGUUCGCUAUAAUUAUCACGAAAUUCGCUGUAUGUGAGUGUGUUAUAAGUGGAGUCGACUGUAGUCACCCGUGGCACGAGAUGUCCGCCUGCCACCCUCGCUCGCACUCACCCUUGCCUGGCCUGUGUCUUGACCUCUGUGUGUGCACUUGCGUGUGUCGCUUAACGUGCACCGUUCUUUUCGUGCACGCGAAUCCACGCUAGUUUUGCUUACUGUUGGUUCCUGUCUCGUGUAUUUCACGGUCUAUGCUUACAAUUAGCACACCAGCUCUUCAUUGCAAUUUGUCUUCAUCAACACUUUUAACUAAUGA